AUGUGGGAAUCAGAAGGUGUAACACCAAAUGGAAGGGAAUAUGGAGGUGAUGUUCUUACCUCAACCAAACAUGGUGUUAAGAUUGAAGGCUUUUAUCAAAGAGCCAAUUCUUGGUAUGUUUCUGCUGAUAUUCCAAGUGAUCUUCAUGUCCAAAUUGGAGAAGCCAACUUCUACUUGCACAAGUAUCCAUUGCUAUCUAGAAGUGGAAAGCUGAACAGAAUGCUAUAUGAUUCUCGCGAGGCCGAGUUGGAUAAGAUAGUCAUGGAUGAUCUACCAGGAGGGCCUGAAGCUUUUGAACUUGCAGCCAAAUUCUGCUAUGGAGUUGCUAUUGAUUUGACAGCAAGCAACAUUUCUGGCCUAAGAUGUGCUUCUGAGUAUCUUGAAAUGACUGAGGAUCUAGAGGAAGGGAAUCUUAUAUUCAAAACCGAAGCUUUUCUUAGCUAUGUUGUUUUGUCUUCAUGGAGAGACUCUAUCGUCGUGUUGAAGAACUCGGAGAAGUUGUCACCGUGGGCGGAAAAUCUGCAAAUCGUUCGGAGAUGCAGCGAGUCUAUAGCUUGGAAAGCUUGUGCUAAUCCAAAAGGGAUAAGGUGGUCGUAUACUGGGAGGCCACAGAAAGUUUCAAGCCCGAAUUGGAACGAAAUGAAAGACUCGAGCCCGAGUAGGAACCAACUCGUUCCACCCGAUUGGUGGUUCGAAGAUGUUACAAUCCUUAGGAUUGAUCACUUUGUCAGAGUCAUUACUGCUAUUAAGGUAAAAGGUAUGAGAUUUGAACUGAUUGGCGCUGGAAUAAUGCAUUAUGCGACUAAAUGGCUACCAGGAUUAGCGGCGAAUGAGACUUCAAUCCAAGGAGAGGAAACAAGCAUCAAUAGUAGUAGUAGUUUUAGCAGCGGCGGUGACAAUAGUAGCUGGAAAGGUGGACUUCAUAUGAUUGUUGCUGAAACUAGAGAUGAAACUUCAAGUCUUCAAACUAAGGAUCAAAGGAUGGUUAUUGAAAGCCUCAUCAGCAUAAUUCCGCCUCAGAAAGACAGCGUCUCGUGUAGCUUCCUUCUCAGGCUUCUGAGAAUGGCAAACAUGUUAAAGGUUGCGCACGCAUUGAUUACUGAUUUAGAGAAAAGAGUUGGAAUGCAGUUUGAGCAAGCUACACUUUCUGAUCUUCUAAUUCCUUGCUAUGAUAGAAGCGAGACUAAGUUCGAUGUGGAUCUUGUUCAGAGGCUUUUGGAGCAUUUUCUUAUUCAAGAACAAACUGAAGGUUGUAGUCCUAGUAGACAAACCUUUUCUGAUCACAAGCAUGUUGGAAGUAACUUGAAUGCCAAGGCAAGAGUUGCAAGACUUGUGGACAGUUAUCUUACAGAGGUUUCUAGAGAUAGGAACCUUUCAUUGACAAAGUUUCAGGUUCUCGCUGAAGCUUUACCUGAAUCCGCUCGAGUUUCUGAUGAUGGACUAUACCGAGCUAUUGAUUCAUAUCUCAAGGCACAUCCUACACUAACCGAGCACGAAAGGAAACGCCUCUGUCGCGUAAUGGAUUGUCAAAAGCUCUCCAUCGACGCGUGCAUGCACGCUGCUCAAAACGAAAGGCUUCCGUUAAGGGUAGUAGUGCAAGUUCUAUUCUCUGAGCAAAUCAAGAUAAGCAAUGCACUAGCCAACAACAGUUCUCUAAAAGGCGUCAGCGGAGGCGGAGGCGUUGAAUCUCAAUACCAACCAAUGGUAACAAACAGGAAAACACUUCUCGAAGGGACGCCGCAAUCGUUCCAAGAAGGAUGGACAACAGCUAAGAAAGACAUUAACACACUUAAAUUUGAACUUGAGAGUGUUAAAACAAAGUAUUUGGAGCUUCAACAUGAUAUGGAAAAUCUGCAGAAGAAUUUCGAUAAGUUGAUGAAGCAAAAACACACAUCAGCUUGGACUAGUGGGUGGAAGAAACUGAGCAAACUCACAAAAAUGACAAAUGGAGAGAAUCAUGAUAUUGGUAAUCACAUUCCAACUUCUGAAGAACAGAUCAAAAAGAAUGCUAGAAGGUGGAGAAACUCAAUAUCUUGA